AUGAAGUCUCUUCACCUCCACCACCGUCAUAAACUCGAAUUCCUAUCACCUAAGGAAUCGCACUCACGACGCAAGCAGACUGACCCGUUUUCCUUCCUGGCAUUCCUGCGAGGGGGGUGGCGGGGAGCGCCGCUGGUUACCAGCUAUGCGAUCAUUCCUCCACCAGCCCCUGCUGGGAAGAUCACCAGCGCAGCGGAAUUUCCCACGCGCGCACUCGGCACGCGACUCUUCGUAACGGGGCUUCUCCCUCGCAUGCGCAGUUGUGACUUUCUGUUUGCCGCCUUGCUGCAGCUUGGCGUCAUGCGAGGGCUACAGGGGGAGUCUUUGUGGGCUCGGUGGUUCUUGGGCGUAUUGGCCCUAGCGGCGCUUCUGCCCCAAGUCUCCCUGGAAGAAACUUGUAAGCAUCCAGGACCACUGACUAAUGGCAUUAUUCGUGCAAAUCAUCGGGUACCCAUCAUUGGCUCAGUAGUGUCAUUUGUUUGUAUAAAAGGGUUCAGAUUAAUUGGGAGCAAUACUAGCAAGUGUGUGCAUGAUGGAAUAAAUGCUAACUGGAGUACUUCACUUCCCCGCUGUGAGAUGGUGACAUGUGAAGAGCCAGUAGUUGAACAUGGAAUAAAAUUAAGUGGAUUUGGACGUUCGCAUGCAUACGGGAUCAAUAUUACAUUUGAAUGUAAAAUUGGAUAUUUCAUGAUCGGAAGUUAUUUGAUUCAUUGUGAGGAAAAAAAUACCUGGGUUCCUGAAGUACCAUCCUGUAAAAAGAUUGAUCCACAUUUAUGCGGUGCCCCAUUAAUUCCAAGUGGCAGUGUGCUGCCAUUGCAAUCUGAAUAUCAUCUUAGAGAAGAAAUUAUUAUUCAGUGCAGUCCACAGUAUUAUUUUCCUGAUGAAACCAUAGAGAAGAUUGUAGCAUGCCAAGGCUAUAAUUCGUGGCAUCCUCCUGUACAACCUUGUGUCUUUAGAACUUCACCAGACGUUUCUAUAUUUUCUAUCCGCAAUGGAAAAAUAAUCCACGGGAAGAAACCAUCCUAUGAACCUGGAGAUAACAUUACUGUUGAGUGUUAUGCUGGUUUUACAUUGUUAGGGCCAGCUGAUAUUCGAUAUAUUGGUGGGAAGCAAUGGUCUCCUAACAUUCCAUCUUGUUCUCUGAGAGAGCUCUUUCUUCUCAUUAUGAGGCUGGGUAUUGGCACACAACAUCCUCAGACAACUGCCAGGAUACCUGCAAAGCUUACAGAGCUGAUGUCUCCUUUCUUCCACCUCCCAGGAGAACAGAGCUUGGAUAUCCACAAUUUGGCUGGUGUUCUCUUCAUACUACUUAUAACUGCAUGUGUGUUGAUCCUGCUAUUUCUGCCAGCCAAAAGGGUUUUCAAGAAAUAUUGUUCAUCAUAAAAGUUCAGACAGAUCACUGCAGCAGAAUGCCAAGUAGGCAAUAAUAGAGACAGAUCACUGCAACAAGAAGGAUGAAGAGUUUUGUGACUGCCAAAUUAUCUCUUGAAAAACAUAGGUUACAGGACUCUUACUGUUCCAACAUGGUUGCUGAAAAGAGCAAAAUAUCCUAGAACACCAAAGAUGCUUAAGACUCACAUGAUCCUUUGUGUAAUUACAAAUGCUGUUGUAGUUGUAACUUGCAAAGCUCCACCCGGAAAAAUUGCUUCACUCUCAAGCUACUUCUGAGGAUGGAAAGACCCACAUGGCACAAUAUCUAAGCACCAUUUGAGAAGUAUAGAUUUAAGAAAUUACAUUAAUGUGUAUGCGUAACAUUUAUUUCCCACAAAACAAUAUACAUUACAAACUUAA